AGCCAAGAAGGUGCCAGGAUGCUUUGAUGCAUGACAUUUUCUGUCAUUUCCCCAUAGACAAUCUAUACUAGAAGAUCAAUGAUCAGAGAGGUUCAAGUCAUCCUGAGACUGAGGACAAUUUAAUAGUGGAUUAGUUAAAUCAAGUGUGUGGAGCUUUUCUUUAUCUCAUCUUUGACUUUUCAAUUUUUCAUUCUCCGAAUAUCUGUCACAUGCACACUGGACAUGAAAUGCACUUAAAAGACACUGGAGAAGCUGUAGUUAUUUGAAUUCAAAGCAAUAUGAUAUUUUGUAAUGAUCUUUUAUCCUCUCAAGUUGACUUUGCCUGUUGGCCAUAAUGAGCUGUCUUAGCAGGUCUCUCGGAAAAUGGGAAGAUUGAGCUUAGGAAAUACAACCCUUCUAGGGCCAGCCAUAGUCCAACCAAAGAAAUUCCAAGGCUGGGCGCAGCGAGGCCUGACCAUUCUCCUCUAGGUCUGAUCCUAGCCCGGCCCAAUUUAUAUCUCUAGGAAAGGCCGAAUCCAAGGAACUGUUAACUUUGUUAGGUGUGGAAACUGUACAUAUAAUCAUGGCUGAUAGCAGUCUUGGCUUAGAAGACAAAUAAAACCCCAAUCUACGGUAACAUGUGAACACCGGCUUGUCUAUCUAAAGAGGUGUGGACCAGUCCUGUCUGCCCUUGUGAGGUAUGGUUUUGGUACUAAUGGUUCAUCAAGUCUAAUAUAGGUGGGCCCAGUCCAUUCCUAUAGUUGGAUGCACCAUCCCAGUGAUUACCCAGGGAAGGUGGGCUUUAUUUUAAGUUUUGGAGAUUUGAUUAGAAGUAGUUCUCAUUUUUAUAUUUGCUAUAUUUUCUCUCUCUCUCACUCUCACACACACACACCUACACAUAGAUAUUGUUCUUUAGCAUCUUCCACUAGGAAACCCAUUGACCUCGGAAACCACACAAGACUAAAUAAAAAACCCGUCAAAUUGCAUUACUGUUUGCUAAUUGUAAUAGUAUAUUGCUUAUCUGACUGGGAUCUGCAGAUGGCUUCUUCAUGAACAUCAAUGCCAAUAGAAUAUAUUAACUUUUGUUUUUGUAUUGAAGCUUAGAACUAUCUAGAAAGCCUUGGCAAGUGAUUGAGAUAUCAAUGCACACAAUGCGAUGGCUCUUUUUAUUGAACUCACACUCCCUAGAUCUCCCAACAUCAUGAAAAUCUCGCCUUGUUCGCCUCCAUCUUGUCUAUUACUGAUCAAUUGGUUAUGUUUGCAUGAAAACUUUAGUUUAUUAACAGGGCAAGUGGUUCCAACUUUCUCAAUUUACAUUCUAAUUGCAACUUGCUUGAAAGAAAAUAUUUUAUUAGACUCGUAAGGAUUGGUAAUUGCUUGACUCAACACCUCAAUUUCCAUAUAUUUUUGAUAGGCUUGGUUGGCAAAUUUCGCAUUAAUUAUGUUUUUGUGCCAGACCCAAUAAAAAAUUCUUCUUGUUAAGCUGCUAGGGAGCACAUUGUGGUUAAAGGGGUUAGGCAUGUGUUUAUCACUAAGAAAGGUAUUAUUCUGUUCAGUGGCUGAGAAAAUGUAGAGAGAAGAAAUUUUGAAAGCUUACAAGUGUUUGCACGAAAUAGAGAGCAUAAAGAUAAAAUAUUUCAAUAGCUGCAAAGAGAAACUAAAAGAUAGAAAGCAGGAGAACCAAGGCACGUGACAUCCUUUAAUUUAACCUUGAAGGAAGAUAAAUGACUUCCUUUAGACUCCCUUAUAUAGAGAUUCCAAGCUCUUAUUCUCUCCAUCCUUGUCCAGUCCAUCUCUAUCCUUUCAAAUCAUGGCAAAGCUUGGCCUGUCCCUGCUACUUGUCUGUUCUAUUCUUCACAUGGUUGGCACGGUGGACUCUGCCGCUGCCAGAAACUCUGCUGCCACAAGCUUCAUUAAGGCCUCAUGCAGGGUCACUCGGUAUCCUGUGCUGUGUUUUCAGUGCCUUUCAGGCUAUGCCAGCACGAUUCGACAGAGUGACCGACAGUUGGCUCUAACUGCUUUGUCAGUGAGCCUAUCCAGGGCUAGAUCCGCCACCGUGUUUGCCUCCAAGCUGACUAAGGUUAGGGGACUCAAGCCUAGAGAGCACGAAGCAGUGAAAGACUGCAUAGAGAACAUGGCUGAUACUGUAGACAGGUUAAGCCAUUCGGUCCAGGAGCUUGGCCGCACUGGGAAAGCAGUGAGCCAGGACUUCAUGUGGCAUAUGAGCAAUGUCCAGACCUGGGUCAGCGCCGCCCUCACCGACGAAAACACUUGCCUCGACGGCUUUGCGGGGCGCGUCAUGGAGGGAAAUGUGAAGACUGCCGUUAGGCGCAAGGUCAUCGACGUGGCACAAGUCACUAGCAAUGCCCUUGCAUUGAUCAAUCGCUUCGCUGCAAAACCAAGGCAUUAGAUUUGGUGUUGAGACUUGAGAGAGUAGUCAGCUUGCUGCUUUUAUGUGUGAAUACUACAUGUUAUGCCUAAGGUUUGUACCAUGAAGCCGGUUUAGAUUUAGCGUUGGAGAUUCUGUGCUUGCUAGCUUGUGUGUGAGUAUGUACUAAUACACGAUCUCUCUCAAUCAAGGCUUGUAACUGGCUCUGUUCUUCUUGUAUAAAAUCAGGUGGUUUUGUUUGUGAGAAAA